AUGGCUGGUAGAGACGAUCGGUACGGUCGCCGACCAGCCGCUAGCUCACCUUCAGAAUUGUUUCCGGAACGCUUCUCACACCGCCGAGAUGAAUCGUCUCAUUCCAGAGAUGCAGACUAUGAUCGAGGGAGGGGUGAUGGGAAAGUGGCAGCAUUGCCUUACGGUAAAUAUAGCAAACCACCUCUCGAAAGAUCUUCUUCCAGGAGGUCAACGAAUGCCAGUGAUCGCGGCUCAAUAUCGACCGCUACGGCCGAGCCGCGCGCCACGAAAGUUGAACGCCUGCCACUUCUAAUAGACCUGCUCGGCGAUGCAGCCUAUCUGCGCAUACAGCACAACCAAGCUGAUAGCAAGCUUAAGAAAAUAUGGGCUGACUGGAAACGCUCGACUACUAAAGCUUCUGAAUAUCCUUCGGUUGACGAGAUGCAGCGUCAGGCUGUCCAAAAAUCCGAGAACGAGAAGAACAAUCUUAAGCAAAAACUCAAAGAGCUCCACCCAACGCUUUAUGAUACUUUCGAUUCGUUAUUGAAGCAAUACGUGCAAGAUCAGUCUUCCAUAGGACCCAACACCCAAGCAGACUCUUCCCUGACCAAGCCACAGGGCUCCCCUGCCGAGCUUCAGGCACAAUCACUGGAACCGCACCAGCCAACCAAGGCAUGGAUGGAAGAUUGCUUACAAACUGAGCUGAACAAGUUCAAAAACUCCUUACCAGUCGCUCAGGGGCCAGAUAAUAGCGAGAUCCAGAAACUGGUCGACAGCCUUGAGAACGAGAAGAAAAAAACCCAACUUCUGGAGAAUAAAGUCGAAGAAGGUCGACAGCAACACCAAUUGUUGGAGGAGAAGCUCAGCCGGCUCGAGCAGAAGCUCGAUGGCGUCAGCACCACGAUGGAAGAAAGGAUAGCCGCCAACAAGAGCGGACCAACUACCUCUGCAACCUCUGCCGAGCAUAACCAGCUCAAGUCAACGGUUGAAAUGCAGGGACGCACCCUAAACUUUGUCAAAAAACAGUCUGAUCCCAUAAAGAUACAGAAGCUCCAGCAAGAGACAGAAAAUCUUGCGGACAGGCUCACGAAAGGCAUUAAAUCUGUCAAGUCGCUCCAUGAGCAGAAUUCCGCUCUUAUCGAAAAGCAAGGGGAAAAGCAUAAAUCCUUAGAAAACGACAUAUCGUCCUUACAAACUACCUCUCGGAACCAGGAUGUCAAGCAAAAAUCCCUUGAAAGGGAUAUAUCAUUGGUGCGGAGCACAUCUGAUAAUCAGGGCGCAAAGCAGACUUCUUUAGAAAAGCAUAUAUUGUCCUUGCAAAAAACCUCUGAAGGUCAUGAGGCAAAGCAAAUGUCCAUUGAAAAAGACAUUUCGCUUUUACAAUGCACAUGUCAAAGCCAGGGAGAACAGCAAAAGAUAGUUGAUGAUGUCGUUUCCGGCAUAAAAUCAGCUGUAGAGAGUCUCUCACAAAAAGGGGAAUCUUUAGCUGAAGAUAUCGCUUCUCUGCGAUCAUCUGUGAAACAAAUACAAGAGGCCCAUGGGUCUCAGGAGGCGCGCCUGUCGACGCUUACCUCUCUAAAGCCGCUGGUUAAGGAAGUUAAGGAACAGCAAAAGAAGGCCAACGUUCUGCAGCAGAGCGUCGACGCUCUACAGGCCAGUGCCGCCGACUGGUCAUUGCAAGACUUCCAAAAUCUUAAGGCCAAAGUCCAGGGGUAUCCGCCUGCAGAUGAAGUUCAGCAGCUUCUUGUUGAAUUUCCAUCUCUCGUGGACACCAAGCGGCUGCUUGCCAAAUACCCACCUUCUAGCGAUCUUAAGCGGCUACUUGAAGAACUGCCGCCUUCCAGCGACAUAAGGCGUCUCCUGGAUGAAUGUCCAUCUCCCGCGGAUGUGAAACGCCGCCUUGAAGAACUGCCACCGAGUGAUGAGCUUAAGCAACUUGUUAGGGACGUUCCAAAGUUAAGGGAAUCUAUGUCGGAAGUCAAUGCGCGGUCUUCUAGACUUCCUACGCCUACAUCCACUCCUGCAUUCAUGACGAAGGAGAUGACGUUGCAACUGAUCACUCCCAAGAUGGAUAGACUGGAAGAUGCAUUAAAGCGUCGCUGUGCGGAUAUGAUCCAGAUAUCCUCUGGGUUAGUUGCCGAGACUGUUGACCAGGCAAACGCCCGUACAUUGAAGUCAGAGGGAGCUAUCCAGGCACUUGAUGUACGUGUAACAGGUUUGAAGCGAAGCGUGGAUGAGAACAAGAAGGAGUUCGAUGCGCAUGUCACAACGUUAAGGCGAAUUGCAGAUGAAAACAAGAAGUUGGAUCAGCAAAUCACAGAGUUGAACCAAUCCGUCAGCGAAAACAAGGUGGAAAUGUAUGACAUGAAUAACGACAUGGAAAAACGCCUUGAAGAAGAGAGCACUGAACUUAAGUCAGUGAAGGGCAUGGUUGCUGUGAUGACCCAGGACGUUGAAAAGGUGCGCAAGGACUCAAGGACUGGGAUCGAUGAUAUCCAGUUCCAGCUGGUCCAGAUGACGGACUGGGCGAAGAAUUUCAGCUCCAAGCAGUGGCAUGACAGUGUCGCUCAACAAAUCGCUGCCUAUGUGCCAGCUCAGUUUGCGGGACAAUUGGAUAGCCUGGCUACCAGGGUCAGUCAUCUUGAGACCGGAAGUCACAAUUCGCCAGAGAUCUCGAGCAAGAGACGCAAAGGAGCAAAUGGGAACCCUCUGGUUGUCAACGGGCUCCAUUGA